AUGAUUACAAGGAGUCGAACGAUAGCGGCAACAACAAGCGCACGCCCACCACCCCCGCCCGCCUCGUCCACUUCCUCGUCCACAUCGUCGUCAGGCGACGAGUUCGCAACGGCGCCUGACACAGACGGGUCCAGUGAGGAGAGCGGGCCGCCGCCGCCGCCGCCACGACCACCUGCGCGACGAGGGCGGCCACCGCUGCCGGCACGCUUGGGGCCUGCGGGACAUCCUGCCCCGCCCACGGCUCCCGCUACCGGUGGUAUAGUGCGACGCAUGAAAUGGACUCGAAACAUGAACGAGAAUGUCAUGCGCGCCUAUUAUGGGGCUACAGAGGGGGGAACACAGCUGUCCGCCUAUCGUUCGAGAAUACUGCCUCUGUUUCAGGCUCUUGAACCUACCAUCACCGUGUCGGAGCAGCGAUUAUCGGACCAGGUGCGCGUCAUUCAGCGGCUAAAGCGCUUGGAUGACGCGACACUUGAUCGGCUUCGCCAGGAGGCUCUCUCUGCUCGCGCGGACCCCACCUCGGUGCGAGAUCUGCCCGCCACGUCGCCGGAUCCGGUGCCCGCACCCGACCUGGCACCGGGGGCGCCACGGGUUGAUUUCAGUACCGACGAGGGGGACUUCGCGAGUCAGAAUGUGAGUACAAGUGCUAAUGAGCAACUGAGGAGGACUUUGGAAGAGGCGAUUACGCAGUAUCGCGCCACAACAACCUCUAGGCCCCGAUUACCACGUUUGCCUAUGAAUAGACGCAAUCUAGCGCUAAUGGGAGCCCUAAACGCUUUACUAGAGCCAUAUUUACGGAGUAGUAAAGAUUUAGAUGAUACGCACUCGAUCAUGUACUGCGGAGCCAUCGCGGCGUGCCGUGUUGCUCGCAUCAAGUUUCCGGACGCUGAACGUGCACCUAGGACCGCCGGAGGUGUCCCUGCAUGGCAAGCUCGGAUCGAGCGACGUGUCAGCUCGUUUAGGACUCUCAUCGCAAAGCUGAUCUGCUUCAGGGGGGGCAACAAUCGCCCCCGAGUAAUGCGCUUUGUGAACCAGGCGUUCGCGGGGACGGAUAUCAGGCCCCGCGACUACAUGGCCAAUGUCACAGAGCGCAUCCACUUUCUAAAGCAGAAAGUUUAUGCAUGGGCAAACCGUAUUCGCCGCUACAGAGAGCGUGUGGAUUGA